AUGGAAAUUCUAAAUUAUCUCGCCCGGUUUCGUAAGCUAUGUCAACCUGGGAUCAGAGUACCCGUCGUGUUCUUGGUCUUGAUAGUCAUUUGCUUCUUGAGCUUCCAGAGCUCGACGCUCUUCUCUGAAAGCGAUCUACUGCAUGAUCUUCGGAAGAUGUUCUCGCCAAGUGCGUCAAACUCUGGGCCAAGUCGUUCCAACAACUCUGCGGCAGAUAAUUCCUCCGCUCCUGUUCCUAUACCUGUACCAGUGGUGGAUAACAGAUCAAGCCCCAGUCCGCAGCCGGAGAAAGUGGAAAACUCGACUAAUAGCUCUCUCACGUCGGUGGGUUCUCCCCUCGACGAGGGGGCAGAGAUGCGGAAGAAAAAGGGAAGAAGUAAAUCGCCUCCCAGGAGCGACAAACCGGCGAGUCGGAACUGCUCACGGGAAAGAGAACCUCGGAAGAAAAGGAAAACCACGCAGCAUGUAACGUCCAUUCGAGAGAUGAGCGAGAUACUGUUGAGGAAUCAACGUUCUUCUUGUUCAAAGGUUAGUAUUCCUUGGCCGAUCAAGAAGAUUCGGAGAAGAUUGCGUCGUCUCACAGUUUCGAUUGACGCGCCGGCUGCAGGUUCCGCAAUGGUCUUGUCCGAUUGAUCAGCAGAUUCUUGAAGCGAGGAGAAAAAUUCUCAACGCUCCAAUUGUGGAGGACGACCCGGAGCUCUACCCGCCCGUUUACCGAAAUUUCUCCACCUUCAAGAGGUAAAAAUGGUCUGCGAGAGGACUGAAAAACCUCGACGGCGGCUCUUGCUCUGUUCUGAGAACCAGAGGAACCUUUACUUCUUCAGGAGCUACGAGCUGAUGGAGAAGAUGCUCAAGGUGUACGUCUACAAUGAGGGCAAGAGGCCCAUCUUCCAUGAGCCCAUCCUCUCGGGGAUCUACGCCGCGGAAGGCUGGUUCAUGAAGCACAUGGAGGGGAAAAACCGCUUCCUCGUUGACGACCCCGCGAAAGCCCACCUCUUCUACAUGCCCUUCAGCUCCACCAUGCUCCGCAUGAAUCGCUACGACCCCAAAUCCCCACACAAAAGAAAUCUGGUCCAGUUUCUGCGGAACUACGUCACCACAAUUGCCGCCAAGUAUCCCUCCUGGAACAGGACCGGCGGCGCCGAUCACUUCUCCGUCUCCUGCCACGACUGGGUACGCCUGCUCCCUCCUUUUAAUCGGAACCACCAGUAUUUUGUCCAUGGUUUCAGAGCUUCUGACUCUGGUGACGAUGAUUCCAACAGGCGUCGAUGUUGACGGCGAAAGCAAUGGGGGACUCCAUUAGAGCCCUCUGCAACGCCGAUCUCAUGGGUGCCUUCGAGAUCGGCAAGGACGUGUCCAUCACGCUGACGCCCGUGCGAAACGCAAAGAACCCUGUGCAGAAUGUGGGCGGCAAGCCGGGGGAGCAGAGGGACUUGCUCGCCUUCUUCGCGGGGCAGAUGCACGGCUACGUGAGACCAUUGCUGAUGCAGCAAUGGGGGAAAGGAGACCCCGACAUCAAGGUCUUCGGCCCUCUGCGCAAGGGGAGGAGGUGGGAUGCGACGACAUACGUCGACUCUAUGCGAAGGACCAAGUAUUGCCUCUGCCCGAGGGGCUACGAGGCGAACAGCCCGAGGCUGGCGGAGGCCUUCUUCUACGAGUGCGUUCCGGUGAUCAUCUCCGACAACUUUGUGCCUCCCUUCUUCGACGUCCUCAACUGGGAGGCCUUCUCCGUGGUGGUGCCGGUGAAGGACAUCCCCAGGCUAAAGGAGAUCCUCCUCUCCAUCCCCAGGGAGAAGUACCUGGCCCUUCAGACCGGCGUGAGGAUGGUCCAGCGGCACUUCCUCUGGCACUCUAAGCCGAAGAGGUACGACCUCUUCCACACGACCCUCCACUCCGUCUGGUUCAACAGGGUUUUGCAGUUGAGGGAACGGUAG